UUGCAAAAUCGAAGGGAGAGUCGCAAAGCAGCUACAAAACUCUUACUAAAUACACUCGCAGCUCCCUCUACACAAUCUAUUCGCGAUCUCCCUAACGAACUCAAUGAAAACGCGACGACAUAUAAUUGCAACAUUCUUAGUUAGCGGAUUGCACGCGUGACCGUUUGGCCCCGUAAUCCUUUUCGAAAAGAUCCUCUUAGUUAAUCUAGACAUGGUACAUGCAUUGAGAUUUAUGCUAAAUGUUUACCCAGCCAACGAUGUAUAAGUGUCCUUAUUAUGCAAUAUUACUUUAAAAGGAAACCUAACCUGAAAAUUGAAUGAAAGCUUGUGUAUAUGUGCGAUUUGAUCAAGCGAUAUGGAAUCAAACUUUCAAUGAAUGUCAGCAGCACACCUCACAUCGACAGGAUGUCGAAUAUCUACAACAACUCAAUGGUUCGAUUUUACCAUCAUGUGUUCUACGAUCUAUCCGAUCCUCGAACAAGAGAUUGGUUCCUCAUACCAUCACCCGUACCUGGAACUAGCAUCUUAAUCGGUUAUUUGUACUUUAUCCUGUCAUGGGGUCCAAAGCACAUGCAGCAUAGGAAACCAUAUCAAUUAAAGAAUAUUCUAGUCUGUUACAAUUUCUUACAAGUACUUCUCAGCUUCUGGCUGUUCUACGAAGGCUUGGACGCAGCUUGGCUGCGAAAAUAUAGUUGGAAAUGCCAAUCCGUCGAUUAUUCGAAUUCACCGGAAGCACUCAGGGUCGCUAGAGGCGUGUAUAUUUAUUUUCUAGCAAAGCUUUCGGAACUUUUAGACACAGUAUUCUUCGUUCUAAGGAAAAAAGAAAAUCAAAUUACGUUUCUCCAUUUAUAUCAUCAUACUGUUAUGCCAAUGGUUUCGUGGGGUGCCACUAAGUAUUAUCCGGGUGGACAUGGCACGUUUAUAGGUGUCAUUAACAGUUUCGUGCACAUAAUUAUGUACACGUAUUAUUUAUUGGCUGCUUUAUUACCUCAAUACCAAAAGUACCUAUGGUGGAAGAAAUAUAUUACAACUCUUCAAAUGGGUCAAUUCUGCCUAGCAUUUCUGCAUAGUUGUCAAUUGCUGUUUUAUGACUGCGACUAUCCAAAGUGGUCGCUCAUCUUAAUUCUACCCAACGCGGUAUUCUUCUACUUCCUGUUCUCUGAUUUCUACAAUAACGCAUACAAAUCCAAUGAGAAACAUUCAAAACUUAUACAAGACAAGGAGACCAAGAUAGCAAAGACAGUGUCAAAUGGAAGCAUGCAAUACGAAAGAAGAAAAGUUGAUUAGGCUGGAAAGAAGAAACAUGAAUAUAAAAAAUCGAAAUAUCGCCAUUUA